AUGUCCCUCAUCACCCCACCACCUAUUACCAUCGAAGACCUCCACGCUUUCCAAGCAAAACACUUCCCGGGGAGCGUCAUCGCCCAAACACCACAGCUACAAACACAACAAGUGACGAAUACCAACCAGCCCGAAGAAUACCCCUCAUACAACCACGAAGCACAAUACACCUUGGAAGAAGAACAGUAUGAAUACUAUUACUACGAAGAAGAAGAAGAAGAAGAAGACCUAGGCUACUACCCCGACGGCGUGAAACGCACCCUCACGGACGAACAAAUCCGCAUAUUCAGACAUAGUGAGAUCCAUGCGUUGAGGAGGGAGAAGGAGUUGCGUGAGGAGGAGGAGGCGGAUGCUGCUGCUGCUGCUGCGGAGCGUGCCGUAGCUGCAGAUGCGGAUGCGAACGCAAAAUCAAAUGCAGCUGGUACAGAACAAGCGAGCAAGUCUCGGGCAGAAGGGAAAGGAGAUGUGGAUGUGAAGAUGGAUUAUGGGGAUGGGGAUGGGUGUGCUUCUGCUUCUGCUUCGAAUCCGACUUCGAAGGCGGCUUCUAGGCCUGUGCCGCAGUUUACGGGCAGGAGGAUCGUUUCGUAUGAUGAUUGA